GCUUAGCGAGACAACCGCAGCCGCAGCCGCAGACGCAGCAGCAGUAGCACGAUCGCAGAGCCCAUAGGCUCAGAGUCAGGCAGAAUCAAACAAGACUUAAACAACGGCGAGUGCGGACGCUAACCGACCGAACCGACGAUCGGAAUCGAAAUUUGCGGAAUUUCGGACAGAAGCAGCAGCAGCCGAAAAAUAGUGAAGAGCGAAGAAGAAGAGUGUCUCUUUGCAGGAAUGUGCUGCGCCGGAACCGUAGCCCAGAGAGGGUGAAGCGACAGAGAAGGUGUGCGUGUGUGGGCUCGAGAACAGUCAGCCAAGGCCAGCACUACUAGCAGUAGCAGCAGCAGCAGCAGCAGCAGCAGCAGCAGCACCAGUGACUUUUGUAGGAUGUACCGGCGGUCAAUUGUGCGGUUGUGCGGUGUGUGUGAGCGCGCGCCCAGUGCUCCGCGGUUGUGUCCGUAGUCUCGCCAACGGGCGGAACCAGGAGAAGAAGAAGAAGAAGAAGCAAAGGCAGCAGCAGGAGCAGCAGCAGCAGAGUGACAUCGCGUUGUGUGGUGCAGGGUGGUGCUCGUGAACCGAGAUCACAAAAAAAAACUCUUCACACUUCACACAGAUCUCCGGACGUCGAAAAGGAAGCACCCCGCUCCCCGUUCAGUUGGCCACCACACACAUUCGUCGCCGUUCUCCCCCUCCCCUCUCCAGCACCUUUCCCCACCCGCCCCACACACACACACACACACACUACACUCGUCCACCUCUCCGCCACUCGCGUGCCGGUGCAAGAUGAAAAUACAGCGUCCUUGGGCACGGUUAUCGGGCUGCGCAUUGAACGAUCCUAGUACCGACGCCCAGCGAAAGCAUCGCACCCACCCAAUCCAGCAGCAGCAGCAGCAUCAACAACGUCAUCCGUAUCAUCAUCAUCGGCCCUGCCAUCAACCGACGGCACCGGGAGUAGUAGUAGUAGUAGUGCCUUUGCCCCUCGGUUGCAACCGUUCAGUGCACAGGCAGCAGCAGGUGAGCGCGGCGAUAGGUCGCGUAGCGCCGGUGCCUCCCGGCGUUAGUCGCCGCUCCAGGACUAACUGGAGCGGACGAUCCUGCCGGCGUGACGAGUGAGGAGCAGCGGAACCAGGGAAGGAGCUAGUGGUUACGAGGAAGAACGCAGCAGAGAAGCAGCAGCAGCAGGGCGGAGGAAUUGCGAACCUGUGAACGAGUGAGUGCGUCUCGCAAGAAGCUAGAGGCCACCCCCCACAUCGCCCUUAAAGGAGGAAGUGAAGAGCGAGCGAGUGAUCUCAGGGGCAAGCCCGGGAGGGGGGUGUGCGUUGUGCAUGGACACGUAUGAGUGGGUUUUUUUUGUUGCUGUUCUGUGUUUCGUUUUUUUUUCUGGCUUCAUUUCGCGCGUGUGUGCCGGGUGUGCGAGCAUAUUUCCGGCCACCUAACGAGGUCCUGAUCCUUCGCGAACGGGCUGACGCGACAGGCAGCGGGCACCGGCAACGGGCAGGACUCGUUCGUUCGUUCGUUCGUUCGUCCAGCCCAUCCACCCAUCUAACGCAUCGUCCAACGCGCUUCGCUUCGGUAGGUAGAUAGGCACACGCGAUUGUGAUCGAGAAGCAACCGAAAGCCGAAACCGAUCGGCAUAAUACACACACACCUGAUAUCAUUCCAAACGAAGUGCACAACGUACGCAAUCAAAUCCAGAAGAAGAAAGAACCCCCAAAAAUCAGAGCCAGCCAGCGCACGCAUAUCCGUCUGUGUCCCCCGGAAGAAUUAUCCUUCACAUUCCGAAGCGAUGAACGCGAGAGCAGCGCAGCGGCUCGGUGCAGUACUGCUGUUAAUGCUGUCAUCAGUUGUGGUCCACACAGACUGUUGUUCGAGCAGAACGAUGCCGAAGGCCCGAGGCAGGCCAGUGUCACACUUCCGCGGUGUGAUCACCACGAACCCUAGCAGCGCCACUAGCAAUCAGGAGGCGACUAUCCGGCCGGAUGCUCCCUCACCGCCGAUUCCGGUGUCGCCCGAGGCGACCUCGACGGUGACGGGCUCGCGCAUCCCGCUCGGCGGCAAUGGCAAACGCCCGGGCGCACCCUUCGGCACCUACAAUGGUAGUAGCAGCAGUACCGGCAGCGGCAUCGGCAGCGGGCGCCAGAAUGCGGAUGGGGGCCGGCUGGCACAGCAGCAACGGCCAGCGGUGGCGUCACCGCCAUCACCAUCACCACCGCAGCAGCACCAGCGGGCAGACAAUGGUACGCACAGUGGCGAUAAUAAGGAGCAGCAGAUGCGAAUGGGCAAGUGUUCGCAGUUGUUCGAGGACAACUACUGCUUGAACGGUGGCCAGUGCUACAACUUCACCAUCGCCAACUCUACGAUGCCGACGUGCGAGUGCGCGGACGGAUUCAUGGGCGAACGGUGCGAGUCAAAGUACCUGGAUGGGACCUACCUGAGCAUGCGCAAGCCAAAGAUCCAGAUCGAAACGGCCGGCAUGUAUUACGGGGCAUUUCUAGCCAUGAUGGUAGUGCUCGGCGUGUUCUACUAUCUGCACUGGCUCGGCGUCGGCGCGCGUGUCUUCGCGCUCCCGACUGGCUACAGGCGCGUACCGACCGAGGCACGCGCCUGGCGCCUGGCCCGAACCUAGGCAGUACCGGUACGAACGGAUUUGCCCCCACCCGCUCAUCAGUAAUACCUCGGUACGUCCCAUCCGAAACCGUAGUAACAUAAUAACGACCCCAUUACACACUUUCCACAACACACGAAAACACAUCUACACUGUUAGGAUUUAAGUAACGGAUGAAGUAGAAAUAAGCAAGGGCGAUAGAGCCACUUAUGACAAGUAGGAGCGUAGGACACAGCAUAUAGGCAUAGGGAGUAAAGGAUAAGGACGUAGAGAUGUAAGUAGCAGCAGCAACGGGUGCAACGCCGUGGCGUAUCGUUUGGAGCAUCAUCCAUGCACGAGAGCGGCCCGGAGAGCUUAGCGACCUGAGUAGUAACACCAACAUCACUAACGACAACUACAAAAAAAGGCAGACAACGGCGAAAACGAAGACGAAAACAUCGACGAUAAGAACAAAUUGAGGAGGAUAGGCAGUCUGGUCUACAGACUCUUAAAUGUCUUAGCUGUUUCACCGGAUCCAUCCUGUGGAUCAAUCACGAUGUGGGAGGGAUGUCGAAUGUUCUAGCAGGAGUCCCAUAGACGAGAGCCAUGGGGAAGGGGGCCAUGGCCCCCUCUAUCCUCUUUGCGCUCCUCACUUCCGACCGCCUUUGCGUUGAUCUCAGAGAGAUCGUUGUUUCCAUUCACCUCGUCGUACGGAUUGUGAUUUCUUCUCCUCAUUGUUUGGUCCACUAUCCGUUAUCAACGCUAAACCGCUACUUUCGUAGCUCCCUUUUUGUAUACGUGACUCUGUUGCUCCCUCGGUGUUUAAUCAAUCGCGCGUUUGAGGGUGGCGAUUCUCUCGGAAUCUGAGCUUAGUACCACGAGUCCAUCCACUUGAAAUUCUUUCUACCAACCACAAGGAACAAACAAUUAUGUUUCCGUUUAGUUUAUAAUGCAUUACGAGCCACUCACACAUCCCAGAUUCAUCUGACGUUCGCGAGACAUAUCAAUGCGGAGAUAUCAAUAAAAAGGAAGCUACUUUCCUAUGUGCACUUGCAGCGGUUUGGUAUCGUGGUGGUCACAGGCUAGAAGGUCACAUUCAAACAGCAAGCAUACCAGAAUUCAAUCUAGAUAUCGGGAUAAUUGUGUACGUAGCUCGAUGAAACAUCACGAAAGCAUUGUGGCAGUGUGCGAAUACGCCUUUUUUUUAAUCAGAAUCUACAGCAUACAAUUGCAACAAGAUUGUAGGGAGAAUACCGAUACGCUGGCUUCGUGGAGGAGCAGAAAGAGAGAAAAUGGGAAUACAAUCAAUAUGCAACAUUAACAGGAGUAGCAGCAUAAGAACUAGCAUUAAACGACAUGAUAGAGCGCAAUUUAGCGCAAGCGAUAGACUGUGUUUCGCUUUUUUUUUAAAUAUUACCUAGUGUUUAAUACUUACUACACGCCCUGUCACAUGA